AUGUGGUUAAAUAGCUUAUUUUUUAAAACAAAAAUUAAUGAAGACGAGAACACAAUUCAGCAAAGUGUUAAUGAAAAUACGAUAAACGAGGAAACAAACGAAAUUUCAUUGAAAAACGAUAAGGAGCCAAUAAUUAAAACUGAUUUGGAAAAACGGGUUGAAGACGUAAAAAUAAUACACGAAAAUACACAAGCAUUACAAAAUAAACAAGAUUUGAAUUUAAACUGCCAUAGCAUUACAGACAUUAAAAACCAUGAAGAAAUAAAUAAUUGUAAAAUAGCAGAAGUUCUAAGAAUUAUACCAAUUAUAGAAAAAAAUCUACAAACACUAACUGACAAAGUAUUUUGUCUAUCUGGCUUACUUGACAUAAAACAGCUGAAUACCAAAGUAGAAACUGACCACAAUACUAUUUCAAACAAUACUAAUAUAAAUAUUGCUUCAAACUCUGUAAAUAAAUUGAACGGUAUGGAGAAUAAAACGACACCAAAAAUGAAAAAAACAACACUGGGAAAAAUUUCCAAAAAAAAUAAGGAAAUGACUAGUAAUAAACAAAAAGUAAUAAAUAAAAAAAAUAAAACUAAUAAAAAGAAUAAACCUGAAACAAAUCCUACCGAAAUUAUUAAACAAAAUGAACGAGUAACAAUAAAUACCGAAAAUUUACCUGAAAGUGUUAAGUCCGAUAACCAAUUAACCAAUUUAGAUGGGCGAUUAGAAUGCUUUUUUACAAAAAUACAGUCAGCAUUGGCGCAAUUUAAAAUCGAUCAAGUAAACGAAAAAUCGGAUAUUAUGGUUCAUCUAUCCGGAUUAGAAAAUAAAAUGAACAAAAACGAAAUGAACAUAGAUAAAUUAAUGUGUAAUGUCGAACAGUUAAGUAAAAACGACGAACACGUAGUUAUGAAAAGCAAUCCAAAUAAUACGGAAAAAGAAAAUAAACAAGAACUACAAAAAAGUAUAAACGAUAUUAAAAUGUGUAUUGAUUACCUAAUACAACCUGAUAUACCACAAACUCAACAGUGUAUGACUACAGAUACUCCAAACACAAACAUAAAUAUUAAUAGCGCGUGUAAUUCGAAGCGGUGUGUUUGCAAAUUAAUAGACAAUACUAAUGCUGAUAAUUUACAGAUUAUAAAUUCACACGAUGGUAACAAUCAAAUAAAGUACGGUGAUAUCAUUUUAUGCGAGUUUUUAAAAGCAAAGCUAACUUUGGAAAUGAUUAAACGGAGUGAGCAUCAACAAAUAUUACAGGUAAAUCAAUUUUCGAAUCAAAUGGCCGACAAAAAAAAUAGCAAUUUAUCAAUAUGUUUUAAAAACACAAACCACCUAAAAAAUGAUUGUGUCCAAAAACAAAAUGUAGAACAAAAUAUUUGCCAGUUACCCUUAUGUUCAAAGCCAUCCGUCCAUCAUUUUUUUAAAAAUGGUGUUGAAAACGUCACUAAAUCAAACCAAAUAAUAUCUUCUUGUGAAAAAAACCAAAUUUGUGAUUUUCUUUCGUCUCAACCAAUCCCAGAAUGGAUAAGACGGACUCAGAAUCUCGUUGUGUCAGACAAUCCAUGUGGAAACGACGCUAAGUUCCCACAAACAAAUUGCAAUUCAAAUGCUAGUAAGUGUUACAAUGCUGAACGAAUAGUAAAAGAAAGUUGUGGCAAUGAUAAUACAGACGAUACAGUUUACGAAAUUACACAAAAACAAAUUUUUCCAGAAAAAAAUAAUAAGGACUGUACAGUCAAACACAAUUCACGACCAUGUAAUAGCCUUGACAAAAAUCCUUGGACCGUGUAA